AUGUCUUCCACCACGGCUAUGCGGCUAGCUGUGCGCCCUUCCUCCUGGAGGGGCACCGGAGCUGGCGCGCUGUCAUCCGGCCGUCCUCUCUCCCAAUUCGGCACUCCCGUACCACGAAGACCGAUAAACCCCUCGAUAUGCGCCAUGCGCCAGGGCACCCUCCGCCUCUCUAUUCGCGACGGCCGUCUCUUCUUCUCGACUCAACCUCCCAGUAAAGACAGCGCCGAGAAUAAGGCAGACAACAAGGAGACCGAAUCUUCUUCCAAUGUCAUCUUCAUGCCACCACCUCCCCCGGCUCAAACGGAAGCCCCGAUAGAGUCUGCCAAAGAAGACAUUACCGCCAAUGCCACCAAGCCCGAAACAGAAACGCAAGCAACUUCCGAGUCCGAAUCCUCCAAGACUACCGAGUCCGAAUCCUCAGCUUCCACCAGCGACAACGCCGCCAACUCGUCCGAGACCACAUCGGAAACCACAACCGAAAAUACAACUGACGCCAACAACAACGGCACCACCCCAGGCCAGCCCGAACUUCCCUCCCGCACCGAAGCCCACCGCGCCCGCCUCUCCGCCCGCUUCUCCACCAUAAUGGACAACUUCCAAACCCGCCUUUUGACCGCCACCCAAACCCUCAACGAUCUAACCGGUUACUCCGCCAUCGAGCAGAUCAAGCGGCAAAACGCCGAGCUGGAAGUCGCGCACGGGGCAGCCCAGACACGCCUGCGCGACGCCCGACACAACUACAAGUCUCUCACGAUGCACCGCGCCUCGACGCAGCGCGAGGUGACCACCCUGCUAGCGAGGAAAGAUACGUGGAACCCGCUGGACCUGGAACGGUUCACGAGUCUGUACAGGCUCGACCACGAGCUGGAAGCGCAGGUGGCGCAGGCGGCGCAGGAACUUACCGAGGCGGAGACGGAGGAGAGCAAGUUGUCUGCCGACCUGAACGCGGGGAUACUGAAGCGGUACCACGAGGAACAGAUCUGGUCGGAUAGGAUCAGGCGGUCAUCGACGUGGGGCACAUGGGGCCUGAUGGGCGUCAACGUGUUACUCUUUUUGGUGCUGCAGUUCGUUGCCGAGCCGUGGAGGAGGAAGCGCUUGAUUAAGGGCAUCGCGGAGAACGAAAAGGGGGUGAUUGACGAGGUCAGACAUGAACUGGGACAAGUGAGGCAGGCGCUGGAGCAGAGUGGGCUGAGGGAGAUGGCGCAUUUGACGAGGUUGAUGGAGCAGGAGAGGGAACUGCAAGCCCUCAACGCUUUUACUCCCUCUGUCACCCCCCAGGGAAGUGAAGGAGAAGCAGAAACUCAAAUACCAGAAGCGGAACCGCAACCACCACUGACAUGGAAAGAAACCGCCCAAAAAUGGAAGCAAACGCUCUCAGACCCUCAACAGAUCAAGGCCGCCGUCCUGGACCUCUACAGCGAUAGGAGGAUAGACCUCAAGAUGAAGGACGUGUCGCUGCUGGCGCUGGAGAGCGCGGCGACGGGUGCGGCGGUGGUGGCUAGCGUUGCGUUUUUCGUUUUGAGGAGUGGUAGCGGUAAGGCCUGA